AUGGCCGCGGUCCUGGCCUGCUGCCCUGCUUCCCGUUACUCGGGCGGUUACUUCCCCGGACUCGGGGGCGCUCUGCGUACUAUUGCACAAGCUCUGCUCGGGCCCGAGGGGGGCGUCGCGCCUGCGCAUUCCACCCCAGAGGGCCGGGCGGGGUUGCCCCGCCCCCGCGCUCCCACGCCCAGCCAGGUGCGCGUGCGCCGCGGCUCCGCCCCCCUGAGCUGCUCUCCACUCCGGAUUCGCGGCGGGCCGGCGGCAGUUUCUCUUCGCUGGUCGGCGGCCUCGCUUGUUCCUCGGCAGCCCGCCGGUAAGGCCGUGGCGUGGCAGCGGCGGCCUAUGGCCGGGAUCCGAGCCCGCGGCGCGCUGGCGCUGCUGGCCUUGGCCUUGUGCGCGCCCCAGGCCCGGGGCCGGGCGCUCGAGUGGUACUCGGCCGUGGUGGGCAUCGAGUACGUGGACCCGCAGACGAACCUGACUGUGUGGAGCGUCUCGGAGAGCGGCCGCUUCGGCGAUAGCUCGCCCAAGGAGGACGCGCAGGGCCUGGUGGGCGUCCCGCACGCGCCGGGAGGAGACCCCGAGGGCUGCGCGCCAGGCACGCGCUUCUGGGUGCCCACGCCGGGCGGCCACGGGUCUGCGCCGUGGGUCGCCCUGGUGGCGCGCGGGGGCUGCACCUUCAAGGACAAGGUGCUGGCGGCGGCGCGGAGGAACGCCUCAGCGGUGGUGGUGUACAACGAGGAGCGCUACGGGAACCUCACAGCGUCCAUGUCGCACGCUGGAACAGGAAAUAUAGUGGUCAUUAUGAUUAGCUAUCCAAAAGGAAGAGAAAUUUUAGAUCUGGUGCAAAAAGGAAUUCCAGUAAAAAUGACCAUAGGGAUUGGCACCCGUCAUGUGCAGGAGUUCAUCAGCGGUCAGUCUGUGGUGUUUGUGGCCAUUGCCUUCAUCACUAUGAUGAUUAUCUCCUUAGCCUGGCUAAUAUUUUACUAUAUACAACGUUUUCUAUAUACUGGCUCGCAGUUUGGAAAUCAGAGCUAUAGAAAGGAGACUAAGAAAGUUAUUGGCCAGCUUCCACUUCAUACUGUAAAGCAUGGAGAAAAGGGAAUUGAUAUUGAUGCUGAGAAUUGUGCAGUGUGUAUUGAAAAUUUUAAAGUAAAGGACGUUAUCAGAAUUCUGCCAUGCAAGCAUAUUUUUCAUAGAAUAUGCAUUGACCCAUGGCUUUUGGAUCACCGAACAUGUCCAAUGUGUAAACUUGAUGUCAUCAAAGCCCUGGGAUAUUGGGGAGCAGACGCCGAGGAUGUUCAGGAGCUGCCCACUCCUGAGUCUGCCCCUGGGAGCGUUCCGCCUGGGAAUGUGAGUGUGGCGUCACAAGAGGAGGGCAGAAGCAGUGGCAGCAGCCUGCCAUCCUCAUCCUCCAGCGAGUCCGGGCCUCAGCGCCCCGCCACUUAUAAAGAAGACGCAGGGGAGCACACAGCACUGCUAGAUGCCGGCAGGAGUGACCCUCAGCGUGGAGGACCCAUCUCCUAGUGCACAUCCCUGACAGACCCAUAACUUGAACUAAAAAGGACAUUUUAUUUUUUUAUUUUAGCACAUAGUUUAUAUACUUGAAAAUAAUGUACAUUAUUUUACCUUUCAGAUUCAGAUUUGAUAUACAGAGGGCUAAGCUAUUUUACUCUUAAAGAGACUUUUUGAUUCAUCUUCAUAUAUUUAUCUAUAAGAAUACAGUGUUUAUGAUAAAUUAUUUUGGACUAUCAGAUGAUGCCUAGGGAAGGCACUAAUGUGGAAGGGGGUUAUUUCUAAAUACUACACUAGCUACUAUGGUACUGUAAACACAAGGUUAAUUUUGUUUCUUGAGCUUUUUAGACAAAGCACACCAAUUUUAGAUUAGUUGAAGUGGAAUUGUGUGAUUACAUUCAAUAAUUGAUCACACAGGCUUUCUCCAAAGGAAAAACUUGGAGAACUUACUUUAAAUUUGCAAGAUGAGAAAUCUAUAGCUUUCUUACACAUUUUGCAUUGCACAUAGAGAUUUCAGAACCUGAGAGAGCGAUUUCCAUUGUCGUCUGGAAUUAUGAGAAAAGCGCUAGACGACUUCAGGAAUUGCAUCUUCCCUGUAGUACCAACUACUUGUGACAUCUUGAUGGAGGGAAAUUUGUCCACCUUUCCUACAAAUAAAAAGUUAAGACUUUAUAUUUCACAUAAGCAUUAAGUUAUUUGCUGCUUGAUUAUGGAAAUCAAAUAGAUGUACUAUGAUUCAUUUUUAUAAUGAUGAAUAUAUUGGUUCUAAUUGUAAUUUAAUCUUUACAAUUAAAAGGUGGUAGAUGAAGAAUUUUGGUUUUUUUUGUUGUUGGAAUAAAGUAACCAGUUUUUCUUGAUUAGUUCUUAAGCAAGCCCUUGCUUUUAACUAUUCCCCUGCUCCUUUUUUUUUUUUUUUUUUUUUUUACUUUUGUUUACUGUUCUCAUAGGUCAAAGGUAAAGCUUUUGGAGAUUGCUGUUUUAUAAAGUGACCAAACAGAUUCUGCUCUUUUCUCACUUCUUGGAGGUAGAAGUCAAGGAUUACGUAAUAGUUAUUUCUGUAGAGUGUAGAUUCUAUACACUUUUGUUAAUGCUGAACUAUUUACUUUGUUUAUUAAGGAAAAUGUAAUUUAAAAAAUGUAUAAAGAAUUUAUCUUAUAGCUGUAUCUAGAGUAUAAGGGUUUCUGAAGCUUAUUUUCUCCAGCUAUGUACUAUAUACAUAAACUGAGUCUAGCUAUUUGGAGUAAAGUACUUCAUGAGUUGUUUUAGUGAAAUAAACUGUAUAGCCAGAUUUGAUAAGAGGGGCUGUUGAAAUAGAAAAUUUGUCUUGCUUUGAGCACUUGUUUUCACAGACAGCCUCAAAGUUAGUUUCCAUAAAAGCUGUUAUCUUGAAGUCUACCUUCUGUGUUCACUGUGAAUAGAAAAAUACAUUCUUGAUUCUGUAUCAAGUAGAUUGUCUUUCAAGAGACACGUAAGGAAAAGUGCUUUAAUACUUCUUUUUGGUAGCUAAUGAAGCUGUCUCAGAACACUGUCUCAGACCGAGGUUAAUUAUAGAAGUGUAACUUCUUAAUCAGCAGAUGUCAAAAUAACUUCCCUUAAUUCUUACCAGAAUCUUUAUGGAAACUUUAAAGUUAAUAAAAUACUGAGAAUAUGGGGAAUCUAGAUGAAGAGUAUAAUAAAUAAGAGAUCUAGUUUCUUUCCUCCUAACAAUUGUCAUAAAAGCCAUUUGUUCACAUAAUGUGGAACAGUGUUUUUUACUUUGAAAAUCGGGAAUGGUGUGAAGGAAACAGAGUUGGUGACACUGAAGCACAUGGCGGUUCUCUGCUUGCCUGCCUCUUCACUCCCUGCAGUCUUGAUUGGCAUUCUGACUUUCCCAGCAGAAAACCUCAAAGGACCAGAGAGGUGUAAGGACAUGCAUCAUUUGGCAGGUGAUUUGAAGAUAUUGAAACUACAGAAAAAUCCUGAGAACUCAAGGUUUUAUUUUUAAUGUCUUGCUUUUGUCUAACAAUUAAAUUGAACUCAAUUGUACUUAAAAGUUGAUCCCAGUGAAGGGAAGGGAAUCUUGCUGUUGUCCAGGCUGGCCUUGAAUUCCUGGGCACAAGUGGUGCUCCUGCCUCAGCUGCCUGAAUAGCUGGGAUUACAGGCACCACCUCCACGCCCAGCUUGUCUUUUACUUUUCAAUAUGUUUAGUGACGAACCUUUUUGUGAUAUUGUAAGCCUCAACUCAAGUCUUAUUUUUUGUAAGAUACUUUCUAAAUACAACUAUUAUUAUUUGUAAGCUGCAUAUUUAAAAAUAAAUUUGAGGGACUGGGGAUAUA